AGUCCCGGGCUAUGAGUCGCAAGAGACAGCUCCUGGCUUCUGAGGCCUUUGGAGUGAAGCGGCGGCGGGCGCCGGGGCCCGGGAGAGCGGAUCCUCUGAGGGCGGGCGCAGGUAACCAUGGCAACCCGGGCGCGGCGGGCCCGAGGGUCCCGGCCCUCGGAGGAGGACCCAGGGGUCCGCGCGCGAGGCGGUGGAGGAGCUGGCGCGGCUGUUCCCCCGGGGGCUGUUCGAGGACGCGCUGCCGCCCAUCGCGCUGAGGAGCCAGGUGUACAGCCUGGUGCCGGACCGGACGGUGGCCGACCUGCAGCUGGUUUCCAUGUUAUGAACCUAUUCCAGUUUGUGCAUCCUUUUGAAACAUGUGUUUUUGAUGAGUUACAAAUUUCAUCUAAGAUUCAAAUUAUAUUUUCAUCAUUGAUCCAUUGGAAGUGUCUUCCUACCUCGUGUGUGACGGUCUGGAGUCAGUAAGAUCUGUGCCCUACGCUCCAGGCGCGCUACUGUGUUCUCACAUGGCAUUGCGGCCAGAGGAUUACACAAGAUCACGGCGACCCCAGGCAUGGCUUCUUCUGCUAAGUGUUACAGAUGUGUAUUUGGGAAAAAAUGGUUCAAUCACUGAUCUCUCUUGCUGAGGUUAUAAUUGAAAUACUCUAUUUCUUCACUGGUGAUCUGUUUCCUUCUCCUAUGAACUUAAGAGAACUGGAUUCGUGUAAUCCUCUGAUUUUUUCAUUUACUAUUGACUCUUUUUAUUUGUGUGUGUGUGUGUGUGUGUGUGUGUGUGUGUGCAUAUAUGGAAGUCGGAAGACAGCUGAAGGGACUCUGUUCUCCAUGGGGAAGGGAGGGUUAAACUCAGGUCAGCAGGCCUGACAGCAGUCAGCUCACCAGUCCUGUCACCAGCUCUUAAACAUUUUCUCUGCGUCCUCGCUUUGCUUUCUUCUGGGACUCAAAUUAAAUAGACUCUGAACCCUUGAAGGCACUUCCAUGUUCAGUAUUUUUGGCUCUCAUAUUAUUGUAAUCUCCCUUAGAUUAAUAAUUUGUUUAAAAGUAUUUGUUGUCUUUGUUUGUGGCUAUGUCCAUGUGUGUGUAUGUGUGUGUGCCCACAUGAAUGCAUGUGUGUGUCCACGUAUGUAUGCGCCCUCCAAGGCCGGAAGAGGGCACUGGACUUCUGGAGCCACCAGAUGUGGUGACUGAACUGGGUGCUCUGCAGCAAGUAUUGCGCGCAGUUAUAUUUGCUUAUGAGCUUUGCUCAGAUCCGCAAACACGCCUUAGCGUUUCCUUUCUGUCAGAGUCUUUGUUCCCACUUUAAUAUAUCUGUCUGGCAGUUCCUACGAUUUUCUGAACUUUUUAAUGUUUAAGCAAUAAAAAAAAAUGUUUUAAGACAAAAAGUCUCACUUUGUAGCUCUGGCUGGCCUGGAACUUCACUCUGCAGACCAGGCUGACCUCAAACUCACAGAUCUGCCUGCCUCUGUCCUCUGUCUCCCCUGUGCUGGGAUUAAAGGCGUGCCCUGCACCCUCACUGUUUGAUGCAGUGACUGGUAAGGGUGUGGUUUAGAGGAUGUUUCUAUGGAUUGUUUGAGGUCACUAGUUGGAAAGGGCUGCUUGACAGUCCACAAGAGUAUCUCUGAUGUCCCAAUCCUGUCACAGCCCCUGCCCCACCCCACACACUGGCAGCCAGACCCCCUGCCCCAGUGCUCAGCUUCUCUUAUGUCUUUCUUUCUACUCUCAUCUCUGUGGAGACAGAAGGAGCUUCAAGAACGGGGAGAGAUCAAGAUCAUCCAGCUAGGCUUUGACUUGGAUGCUCAUGGAAUUGUCUUCACUGAAGACUACAGGACCAGAGUCCUGAAGGCCUGUGAUGGCCGACCGUGUGCUGCAGCAGUGCAGAAGUUCCUGGCCUCAGUGCUCCCAGCCUGUGGGGACCUUAGCUUACAACAGGACCAGAUGACGCAGACUUAUGGCUUCAGGGACUCAGAAAUCACGCACCUGGUGAACGCUGGAGUCCUCACUGUCCGAGAUGCUGGGAGCUGGUGGCUGGCUGUGCCUGGAGCUGGGAGAUUCAUCAAGUGCUUUGUGAAAGGGCGCCAGGCUGUACUCAGCAUGGUGCGGAAGGCCAAAUACCGGGAACUUCUCCUGUCAGAGCUGCUGGGCCGCAGGCCCCCUUCAGCAGUGCGGCUCGGCCUUGCCUACCAUGUGCAUGAUGUCAUUGGGGCCCAGCUAGUGGACUGUGUCCCCACCAGUUCUGGAACCCUCCUUCGCCUUCCGGAUACGUGAGGAGUCAAUUCUUGUACUCUGUAACUCACUGAGUGACGUUCCUGGCAGCGCUGCCCCGGGUGGCUGGUUGGUGCCAGGCUCUGCUGCAGCGGUGGUCGUACCUGACUGCGCCUGUGCACUGCAUUUCUGUUUCUGUGGUGUGGAGCUAGGGCCCUACCAAGGGGACAGGAAGGUGGAGGGAUCAGAAAACUGCCCUCCGGGUCAGCUGGAAAUUGCCAAAUAAAAUACUUGUGCCUGUG